AACCGUCAGUGUAGGAAAUACCCAAAGUACCCCUCUCAGCACCUUCUUUCUCUGCAAAACACAAAGAGUUACAGUAGAAUUUCUGAAAAAUUAUUUGACAUGCUUCUGUACACGUCGCCUCUCUUUCCACUGCUCUAUUCAAUGUGAUGGCGUGUUUUAUCAACUCACCCCUAUAUAUUAACUACAUUUACUACUUUGCCACUCAUCUCCUUAUCCCAAGAACAACCAAUAGUCUCUCCCUCUCUCUGUUGUUUUUCUGGACUUCAAUGGGUCAAAUCUCGUGAACUUCGAAGCCCAUAUUUUUUAAAUUUUGCUUCUUCUUCAAUCCACAGGUUUUCUGUGUUUUCAUGUGUCUGUUUUCUUUUAAAUUUGUCGUUUUUUGGGUUAUAAAAGUAUUUGUUUAAGCAUUUAAUUUGAACUGAAAGAUUCGUCUCUAUAUAAAAGUAGUAUUGUUUUGGGUUGAGCGAAAGAGGGUUAUACUUUUCAAAGGGUAUGAGUAUUUCGAUGUAUACGUAUGGGAAUGUGCUCAUGUUGACUGUUACUUGGUUUCUUUGUAAUAUAUACUAAAGGUAUGUUUUCUUAUUUCUCUUCUAUUUUCUGUUGUUUUAGUGUUUACAGGUGAAAAUGGGAAAUGGAGUUUUGAUUUUCUUUUUGUUUGAGGUCUUUGUCACAGUUGAAAGGUAAAAACUACAGCAUUGUUUUCUGCGCAAUUCGAAAAUCUUCAGUUAUAUUGAUAAAUUUUGAGUGAUGGAUGGGAGAAGGCAUUCAGUUGAUGUUCCCAUAUCGAAAACGCUGGUUGCACUAAGAAGAGUGAAGUCACUUAGGGAUCCAACCACGAAUUCAAUCAGCAAGUUCUCCACAAUGGUUGAUCAUUCAAGUAAUGCAAUUACUUUAGGAUUUGAAAAUAGACAAGAAGUAGGCUAUAAUGAGGAUAGCAGUGCCCUAGGGCAAAAUGGCUUUGUUUUGUAUGCCAACCGGGAGGAAUAUGCAGGGGAUCAGGAGCUUAACUGCAAUAUGGGGAAUUUCAAAUCGCAGUUGGUUUCGCCUCAAAUGGAACUUUGGAAUGGGAACGUCGAAAUGUCUAACAUAUGCCAACCAAAUGAGAUGGAAAGAGGAAAUAGAUCAUCAAGUAAAAGAUUAGGUCAUCCUUACAGGGAUCAAGGAAUGGCAAUGACUUGUACAACACCUUCCAACGCCUGGGAGGAGGGCAAUGGUUCCAGUAAAGAAUCAAAUGAAGGUGCAGUGCAGGCAAAAGAUGCAGUUUAUUAUGCAACAAAAAAGAAUUGCAAACAUAAAAAACAUACUAGAUCAUCUAGAACAACAGCUGGUGAUGUCUUGGGUCGUUUAGGUAGUCCCUACUUUUCUGUAAGUGAUGCUCCAAUCGAAAGCUCAAACCAUGUCAUUUCAUUGUAUGGUAAUGAAGAUGUUGACAAUGUGGAAUCUGAUCAUGGUGGAUGUGGAAUUAGCUCCUGCUGGUUAGGCACCCCAAAGUUUAGGGGAUCAAGUCCUCUUACACAUAUGGAAGAGCGUCCACUUCUGUCUGCAGGAAUAGGUGAGAGACUAUUAGCCUUACAAAGAAGAAGCUCGGCUCAAGAUAAUAAUGGAAUUGCUUCACAUUCAGAAAGUCCUAGAAAUCUCAGUCAAAAGUUCAGGCCAAAAUCAUUCAGUGAAAUGGUUGGACAGAAUGUGGUAUCAAGGUCUCUGUCGAAUGCAAUCUCUAGUGGGCGGAUAAAUCCAUUCUACCUGUUUCAUGGUCCUCGUGGUACGGGUAAAACAUGCGCAUCAAGAAUAUUUGCAGCUGCAUUAAAUUGUCUUUCUCCUGAUGCUGAGAGACCAUGUGGCCUCUGCAGGGAUUGCGUUCUCUAUUUCUCAGGAAGAAGCAGGGAUGUUAAAGAAGUAGAUUCAUUGAAAAUCAAUAAAAUGGAGAGAGUUAGAUUACUUGUCAAGAAUGCAUUGACACCUCCGGUUUCAUCCAAAUUUAAGAUUUUUAUAAUUGAUGAGUGCCACUUCUUGCGAGAGGAAACAUGGACAAGGAUUUUAAAUCACUUGGAAGAAUUGUCUCGGAAUGUGAUCUUCAUAAUGAUCACCCCUGACCUUGAUAAGCUGCCUCGAAGUGCUGUAUCCCUGUCCCAGAAAUAUCAUUUUUCCAAAAUAAAAGAAGUAGAUAUUUCUAACAGGUUACAUGAAAUUUGUGAGGAUGAAGGAAUCGAUUUUAACCAGGACGCUUUGGAUUUCAUUGCUUGUAAAUCAAAUGGUUCACUUCGAGAUGGAGAGAUAAUGCUUGAGCAGCUAAGUUUGCUUGGGAAAAGAAUAACGAUGCCUUUAGUCUAUGAGCUAAUUGGAGCUGUAUCUGAUGAUGAACUGCUGGAGUUGCUUCAUCUGGCAUUGUCAUCUGACACUUCAAAUACAGUUAAAAGAGCCAGAGAGCUAAUGAGAUCAAGAAUAGAUCCCAUGCAAUUGGUGUCACAGCUGGCUAAUCUAAUAAUGGACAUUCUUGCUGGAAAAUGUCAGAGAAGUACUUGUGAAGUCAAAGACAGGCUAUUCAGCGAACACAUUUCUGAAGCUGAGAAACAGCAACUUGGUCAUGCACUCAAAGUACUCUCUGAGACAGAAAAACAAUUGAGAAUGUCAAAAAAUCAAACAACAUGGCUGACUGCUGCACUUCUACAAUUAAGCUCAGCGGGUUCUUCAGUCGAUACCAAAGAUGGAAAUUCGUGCUUGAGAAUGAUAUACGAACAAGAUCCUGAUGGUCAUCCUUGUAGUACAUCAUCAACAAGUGAGAGUUUAAAGCACCUUACAAGUUGCGCUUGUGAAAGCAUGGAGUCUUGCAAAAGGGGAAUGCAGGAUGAUAAAGAAACUCUGGCUUCUAUAUGGUAUAAAACUACUGAAAUUUGUGAAUCCAAUUCCCUUGCAAACCUUUUGAGAAGAGGGAAGUUGUCAUCUAUUUGUCUUAAGCAAGGUUUGGCAAUUGCUGAACUGGAGUUCUAUUGCCCCAAAGACAUGUCAAAGGCUGAGAAAUUGUGGAAACCCAUUGCGAAUGCACUUAAGCGAACACUAUGUUGCAAUGUGGAGAUCAGAGUCAGUCUUGUACCCGGUUGGUUCCCAAAAAAGUAUUCCAGAGUGAAAAGGCUUUCUUAUAGACUUUUUAAUUGUUCAUUUGGUAAACCACAUUCCAAGAUGGAACGUAGAAUUGAUGCAUCGGAGAACUCUGAUUCUGCUUCUAAAAGAGUCAUAAUGGUGGAUAAAGUUGUUGAAACAUGUUCCUCUGAGUGUUUAUCUCAAAACUCUCAAAUAUGUUGUCAUGGUAGAGAAAUUAUGACCAUAAGAAACAGUGAUGGAAAUGCACUAAGCAUUGGAUCAGAUACACCUCAGAUAUUAUUAACAGAUGGUUCCCUGCAAACACAUCAGUUAGAAACAGAUUGUUUGAAAGAGAGAAGUACUUGCAGAUGCCGGGAUUUAUUUACCAUAGAGUCAGAGAAAAAACCAAGCUGUUUUCCUAGAACAGUAGGACUUCUAAAGAGAUCAAGGUCAUCGAAUGCUUCUCAUAUGACUUUUUCGAUUACCGAACCACAAAGCAAUUUGGUUUUAUCCAUUCCCUGCAAGACACCUUGUCAAAGCCACAAUCCUUGCAGCAGUUUAAAUAAUCGCUCUUCUGGGAAUCCAGAUCUUUCCAAGGAAUCAAGGUCGUAUUGGAGAACUGCUCUAUUACCCUUCAGGAAGGCUUUGCAGCUGAGACAUCAACAUGAAAAUCAACCCCAAGAAUGGAUUCUACCUUAUUCUGCUGCAAACUAGCAAUUGUCUAUAUAACAUAACUGUGAAAACAAAUGAUGGUGCAAGAUAACUUUGAUCCAUUUUCAUGAUUUAAGUAAGCAUUUUUAGUUACACUUAGCACUAACAGAAGUUCACCGACAUUUUCCUUCACAGUAUUCCUCUUCAGAGUAACUGUUGAAUUAACUGUGUAUAUACAGUCUGAGGGUAUCUUGGUCUCCUUCACUAUAUAUGUAUCAAAUUUAAGCUGUGGUUUCUGUGGUCUAUAAACUAAUGUCUAUUUGUUUUCUUGGCUCAUUUCAGUAAUAUCAAAUGAGUGGUCCAUUUA